GUGGUGUCGGUGCCUGUGGAAGAGGUGACCAACGUGAGGGCGUUGAAGCUUGUAUUGAACAAGCAGCACGGGUUUCCCCCGCGAUUCAGGCAAAGGCUAUUCCUUCAAAGUGAUCUACUGGAAGAUGCUUUCGAGCUAGCCACUUCUACGGACAUGCUCUUAGAGUUUGUCGUGCUCGACUUCGUCGACGUCUCUUUGCGGCAAGUGAAGGCAUUGAUUCGAGCUGCGAAAUCCGCCAAGCUGUCAGAGGUGGAGUCCAUGCUUCAGCUUCCUCAGGAUCCCAAUCUUAUAUCUCGGUCAGGUGAGACGGCGCUGGCACAUGCGGUUGCUAAGAACCACUUGGAGAUCGCGCGAGUGCUCGUCGAAGCCGGAUCCCACGUGGAUGCUGCAGUGGGUGCUUGCCGCUCGACGCCACUGUUCAUUGCAGUCAAUGUUCCUGGCGGCGGUGUCGCGAUGGUGAAAUUCUUACUGGAGGCCGGAGCCAGUAUCGAAUCGAAAAACGCCUAUGGCAUUACAGCGCUCGCACGAGCUGCUGGGCUCGGCUGCACUGAAGUGGUGCGUUUACUUCUCCUCAAAGGUGCCAGUGUCGACUCCACGGACGACAAUGGCUGGACAGCAUUGACAACGGCCAGUAAUCGCGGCCAUGCUGAAGUUGUGCAGGUUCUGCUUGAUUUCGGCUCCAAUGUGCACCAUAUGAGCCAUUGUGGCACGGCACUAACCUCGGCGUCCUACACUGGCCACGAUGCAAUUGUGCGUUUGCUUCUGCAGCACAGGGCACAGGUCGAAGACACCACUGUUUGCCGCAUCUACCGGAGGUCAUGUCAACCUUGUGCGCCUUUUGCUGGAGGCUCCGAGCUGGAGGAAUGCACACAGUUCCUUCUAUCGAAGGUGUUUAUGCUCAAUGUCAUUAGCGCGUGCAUCGAGACAUGGUAA